ACCGGAUAUAGUAAAGGAGAUGAAAAGAAAAAUAUUGGAAUGGGCAGGUAUUUGUGGAGGAAACCUGAUGCUAUGACAAAGACGGUCCUACAAGAGUAUCCAAGAGGGGAUAGACCACUAGGAAGACCCGGAAUGCGAUGGGAGGACUGUGUCAAAAAAGAUGUAACAGUUUUCUACCCGAGGAAGAUUGGCAUAUACUAG